UGUCAUACACUGAGGAAAGAAGAGGGACCGGCGGGAGAGAGUGCACAGUGUGAGAUAAGUGAGUGAGAAGAGGAUAGAAAUGCUGUAGCGGAGGAGGAGGGAGAGAGACGUGAAGAGAAGAGGGGACACCGCACACUUUGCCUCACUGAUGAGAGAGUCUGGAAAUUAAUUAACCGCCGUCAACACAGAAGGGGGCAGGAAGAGAAUAAUAAGGAGUUAAAGAGGGCGAAUUACUAGAUGUGUGAAGAGCAGGCUGGAGAGAGAGGCAGAGUAAACCCCUGGACACUUUUCAGAGACAAGUUAGGGCAAGAAUUUAAAAGAGAUACUAAUUUAAGCAAAAAUGAUCCACUCACAUACGUUAUUCAUCCUCUCAUGCUCCUUUUCAACCUUCUUCUGACAUUUGUCACAUCGUCCCUCCCUCUCAUCUCAUUUAUUCAUAUUUUUCUUUUUGCAUGUCAGCAAAAGCAGAUCGACAGCCACACGCUGAACACUCAGCCACGACUUAGAGAGCAAAGUGUGGCAUUUCAUUCUCAGUGGAUGUGUGAUCUGUUUUAAAAGAAGUUGAUUGGCUGACGCUGGGGUGCUAUUACUGACCCCCCCUCACCAGCCGAGAGCACCUGCUCGUGGAUCUCUCAUGAGACCAGGUAGGACAUUUCUGGAUCAUUUUGCCAAACCCAAAGCAGCAGGAGUAGUCGAGUCGAAGCCCUCCAGUCGCUUCCCCCUAACUGAACUGUUACGAGAUGAAACUGCAAACCGGUUUAUCUCGCAGAGCAUGACACCUGUGUUUGAGGGAUUACAGAGAGGGAAACAGGGGUGUGCAGAUGUGUGUGUGUGUGUUGGGAUUAUGUCCUAAAUAUACAGAAUUACACAGGUGUUGCAGCAGGAUUAUGUAAAGACUCCUGCUGAAUAGAAAGGCACUCUAGGAUUAAAAAGAAGAACUUCAUUCAAGUGAAUGGCAGCACAUUAUCUUCCACAGAUUAACUCAGAUCAAGUGUGAUCAUGCUUGGGGUAUAAUCAAAUCACCCAUUCCAGAGUUUGAUAGGGGGUCAUAAUUAUUUUCAGGAUAGGUUGAAAAUUGCUGAAAGACAUCUCUCAGUGGAAUAACUUCUAGACUUUUGCACCUAAAGUGCACCUGAAGUGACUAUUAAAGAUUCUUAAAGGCUCAUUCAGCUUCCAUAAUGAGACGCUCGAGCACAGAUGAGACUCCAUACCGGCGCAGUCCAUCUCUGGACAGCAAACCCGACACGCCACCGUUCACUUCUGGGUUUCACCGCUUCAGCGGGGAGUUUGAGUAUAAGCGGCCGCCGUUUGCCUUUGGCUUCCACACGACAAAGGGGCCGCAGACGUCCAAGGGACGCUACGCCCAGGGGAAGAAGUAUGUGGUGUUUUACCUGGACCUCUCCUUCAUAUUCCUCCUAGAACUUCGGCGCUGCAGGAUGGCCGAGGGUUGCAUGAUGGCCCUGCGAUAUGGAAUGGUCUUCUUCAACCUCCUCUUCUGGUUGGGAGGAUGUGGUAUACUCGGGGUAGGAGUCUGGCUCUCAGUGACCCAGGGAAACUUUGCCACUCUGUCAUCAUCCCUUCCCUCCUUGUCGGCAGCCAACCUGCUCAUCGCGGUGGGGACCAUCAUCAUGGUGAUUGGCUGUUUGGGGUGUGUGGGAGCUGUCAAGGAGAGCCGUCCUCUGCUGCUGACGUUCUUCAUCCUUCUCCUGCUCAUCUUCUUCCUGGAAAUCCUGUCCAUCAUGCUUUUCUUCAUCUAUCAAGACGAGAUUGAUCACUACGCCCAGAGGGACCUGAAGAAGGGCCUCCAGCUGUUCGGCACAGAGGGCAACGUGGGUUUGACCAACGCCUGGAUGAUAGUACAAACUGAUUUUCGCUGCUGUGGAGUAACCAACCACACAGACUGGUUUGAAGUUUAUAAUGCCACCCGUGUGCCAGACUCCUGCUGCCUGGAGUACAGUGACAACUGUGGCCUGGAUAACCCAGGAACGUGGUGGACAGCGCCAUGCUAUGAGCGGGUAAAGGACUGGCUUAACGAGAACCUGGUGGCACUUUGGAUCUUCGCUCUAUGCACAGCACUUACUCAGAUCCUGGGCCUGGUCUUCUCCAUGACGAUGUUCUGUCAGUCAGUGAAAGUAGAGACCUUCUACGCCUAGCGAUCGACCUCUUGUGCCCUUCAGCACAUUUGGAUUGUUUCUCAUCAAAGAGGGACAAAUAUAGACCCACCCUCCUCCUCCUCGUCCUCCUCUUCCUCCUUGUCCUCCUCAACUUUCUCCCCAUACAGACUCUUCUUUCCAAUGCUUGUCCUCUCUGUGACAUUCCCUCUCGGAUGUCACCAGUUCACAGUUUUUUCUGCUAACUACAGUAUCAACAAGCACAGUGUCAGUGUAAUACCUAAGUUGGUUCCUAUGGUUUGCUCAGUGUCAAAAGCUAAUUUCUGUGAUACAUUUUAUGAAGCAGUAUGAACAUGUAUAUAUAUAAAAAAAGAAAAAAGAAAAAUGUGUAACCCCUUUUUUAAAUGUGUUUUUGUUUUAAAUUAUUUUAUGGUUUGUAUGUGUGUUUUAAAAAUGAGAGCUACAGAUGAGAAAGUGCUGAAAGUGCAUGUCUCCUGCCAUGGUGUGUAUUAAAUGUUUGGCUCGACUAAAAAAAAAAAAAAAAA